AUGAUCCACCGAUCCUACAUAUCAAUCGCCCAAGUGGCUUCAUUUCUUAGCACAACCCUUGCAUUUUUGUUACCGUGCAUUUCCUAUGCUCUGUCAAGUCGACAACAUACCAUUCGAAAUUUUCAGGUAGCAGCUUCAAACAGAAUACCUUUUUCUCGACGUCAACAAUGCCCCAUUACGAGCAGACCACCUCAAAGAAUUGCAAGUAAGAGAUCAAGAUUAUUAGCAGCAGAUAGUGACGAACCUGUCACUGCCAACUCGUACGAAUCAUCGUCCAAUGCCAUUCCAAUUGACGGAUCCAUGUGGCCCGACCGGUUUCCAGCUCAAGAUCAUUGUUCCAGAUGCGGCUUGUGCGAGACUUCCUUUGUUUCCAAAGUUACGGAUGCAUGUGCUUUUUUGGGAGAGGGAAUGGCACGAAUGGAUUCCAUGGAACCAAAAGUACAUGGACGAUCUCGCGUGUUGGAUGAUUUGGCUUGGUCCUCGUCAGCAGACUACUCCUCGUCAAUCAAGGACGAGGGGCGCUUUGGAGUCUUGCAGGAACCCAUUCAAUUAGCCAAGGGAACCGAGACACAAGCGCAAUGGACGGGGUGUGUGACAGGAAUUGCACUCGCAAUGCUGGAAUCCAACAUGGUGGAUGCGGUGGUAUGCAUUGCCAGUCAAAACGACGACUCCUCUGCUAGUAGUUGGGCCGUGCCCGAACCGAUUCUUGCUCGGACAUCUGAAGAAGUAUUGCGAGGAAGAGGCGUCAAGCCGGCGCUAGCACCAAGCCUCAAGGUGUUGGACCAAAUCAAGAAUGAUAGCACGAUACAGAAGCUGUUAUUUUGUGGUGUCGGGUGUGCAGUGCAAGCCUUUCGAGCUAUUCAAGACGAUUUGAAACUCAAAGAAGUCUAUGUAUUAGGGACCAACUGUGCUGAUAACAGUCCAACUCCCGAGGCAGCAAAUAAUUUCAUCGAACAAGGCCUCAGCGUAAAAAGUGAGAGUGUAUUGGGGUAUGAAUUCAUGCAGGAUUUCAAAGUACACGUCAAGACUACUGAUUCCUACGUUACCAAGCCAUACUUUUCUCUUCCAGGAACCAUUGCGGAACCUUCCAUUGCCAAAUCCUGCUUGGCCUGUUUUGAUUACACCAAUGGCCUGGCCGAUGUCGUUGUGGGUUACAUGGGAGCACCACUGGAUAGUAAUUCAAGGAUGGACGAGUCCUUCCAAACGAUUGCUAUACGAAACGAACGAGGUGUCCAAAUGGUACAAACGGCAGUCAAGGCAUCUAGAUUAAAACUGCACGGCACGGCUCCCGGAAAGGGAGGCCACGAAUCUCUAUCCUCGGCUACUGUAGCAGCCGACAGUAUUGUCCUGUCCAUGGUUGGAGAGAAAGAUCCUCCAGAGCAAGGAAUGCCAGCCUUGAUGGGUGAAAUCAUGGCAUUUGCCAUGCGAAAUUUGGGACCCAAAGGCAUCAAUUUUGCUCGGUAUUCCGUCGACUAUCAUCUUUUGCGAAACUAUCUCCACAUUCUAAAUGAAUGGGGCGAAGCAAGAACCACCAUGGCACUUCCGGCGUCUGCAAAAGAAAUAGUCGAGCACUAUCUACAAACGGAUUCUUCAUUUCAGGAGAUAGUCACAAAGAUUCGUGCCAAGGCAAAACGAUGA